CAUGUUCGGCUAUCUGAGAGAUUUUCUUCGGAGGAUCGGACUGGACAAAAAUCAGUCUGCCACGGAGAGAAAUAAGAUGAAGGGAUUUGUUCCUUUAUACACGUCAUUUGAGGGGUUCUUCAGUAGGAAUAUCUUCAAGCGCGCCAUCCACGGUGCCGGCAAACCGAUCUGCAGCCCUCCCACGGUAGAGGUGGACGUGUUGGAAAGGACCAGUGACGAUGAGAAUUGGCACUUCAGAUUGACAGGAAAGAAGAGGCGAUGUAUCAACCUUGCCUCCUAUAACUACUUGGGGUUUGCGGAAAAGGAUGGCCCUUGUGUACACGCCACAGCCCAGGCCUUGCAGCAGUACGGUGUAGGCGUCUGUAGCAGUCGACAGGAACUUGGGAACUACAAUAUACACGAGGAGCUGGAGACGACAACAGCCAGGUUUCUGGGCAUGGAGGACGCUAUCACCUUCGGCAUGGGUUUCGCCACCAACUCUAUGAACAUCCCAGUCCUGAUGGGGGGUAAAGUAGGUAUCAGUAUGCAAACAGAGUAGAGUAUAGACUAGCCAAGGU